CGUUUAUUCAACUCGGAUACCAAAUCGGAGAAGAAAAGAAGUCGUCUGAAUCAAUUACGAAACAAAAAUUUUCCAGUUCGUGACGAGGAAUAAUUGACAAGAUGAAGGUUAAGGCGUCGGCUCCUGAGUUAAAGGGCAAGAUGCAAGCGGGCAAUCAGUCCAAGCUUCCUAGCGUGGCUAUUCAGCCACAGGAGAAUCAGCCACGCGGUACUAAGCGCGCACUGUCGGCUUCGAUCGUUAGCCAACCCCAGCCCACCUACGAGUUACCUGAUACAACCUCAGCACCCCAUGUGGCUAUUCACCCCCGUCCUUCUGGUCACCAAGCCAAGAAGCUGAAGGUUGGAUACCAGGCAUGUACACCUUGCCUUCAUCAUGCUCAUGAUGAUUCCGACGAGGAGAAGGUGAUUGAGAUUGUUGAUGCUAAGAAUGCUAAAGAGGCUACAACCACCACCCCGCCCUCGGGCCCCCCCAACACGGCCACGAUGUCAGCAACCGACCCGGCCCCGCACGGCUCCCUCCGCUCCCCUCCCGAGGGCAUUUAUUCCACCUUCGACGAACUCAUCGCCACCAUUCAACGCUACGCGAAGGAACAAGGAUUCGGCAUCGUUAAGCUCCGUGCCAGCAACUAUCGCGACAAAAAGCCCACUCGAUACGACCUUGUGUGCGACCGGGGCGGCGUGGUAUAUAAGAGCACCGCGAAAACCCGCAACCCGAGCACGCGAAAGAUCGAGUGUCCUUGGAAGGCCAAGGCAGUUUGUGAAGUUCAACUCCACAACCAGUGGCGCUUCCAAGUCCAAGUCGACCAACACAAUCACGAACCCCGCAUCAACAGCGGCAACCCGGGCCAAGAGAACACCCCGACCGCCCAGAGCAUCCGAAGUCUUACGAACAAGCUGGACCGCAUGAGUCACGAUAUGAACGUCGCUUUCGGUCGCAUCGAGUCGCGUCUAGACACCAUCGACAAGCGGUUAGAAUCCAUGGAGAGUCGUAUGUCCGCCGUCGAGGCGCGCGUGUCUAAUAUGGAGAAUCGAGGAACGGGCAUGGAAGUUCCUAUGGACAAUAUGGAGAUGACAGGAUCCAUGCUGGAUGGUCCCGUCAUGUAAAAUGACGACGACGACGCCAGCGCCUGGUAACUGCCCAUCGUAUAUCGACAAAAAUGUGACGAUGCAUCGUCUAUAACUCGUCUAC